GCGGGCGGAGCGUCUCGGCAGCGCCCGCUGCUCGGAGCGUCCCGGUGGCCGCUUCUCCUUCGCCGCUCUCUCCCGCCGCCUGGCCGUCCUCCCGCUCUGCCGCCGGCGCCAUGUGCGAGCCCAGCAAGCAGGACAUCGCCGCCAUCUUCAAGCGGCUGCGCUCCGUGCCCACCAACAAGGUGUGUUUUGACUGUGGAGCGAAGAACCCGAGCUGGGCCAGCAUAACCUAUGGAGUGUUUCUGUGCAUUGAUUGUUCAGGGACCCAUCGAUCCCUUGGGGUUCAUCUGAGUUUCAUUAGAUCCACAGAACUGGAUUCCAAUUGGUCUUGGUUCCAGCUGAGGUGCAUGCAGGUUGGAGGAAAUGCAAAUGCUUGUGCUUUUUUCCAUCAACAUGGCUGCACAACAAAUGACACCAAUGCCAAGUACAACAGUCGUGGUGCUCAGCUUUACAAGGAGAAGAUUAAAUCUCUUGCAACACAGGCCUCCAGAAAGCACGGCACUGAUCUGUGGACAGAUGGAUGUGGAAUACCACCUGCAUCACCUCAAAACAAAGAGGAGGAAGACUUUUUUGCAUCCCAUGUUACUCCCAAGGCAAAGAACACAGAGUGGAUGUCACCAGAAGCAGUUUCCCUCCAGCAGAAAACUUCAGAAAAUACUCCAGAAUCCAGUGCAGGAGCAGAACAUGGACCAAAUGUUGAUUGCCUUAGCACAUCUCCACAACCUGCAUUAGAGAAUACCACCUUCAUAAAAAAGAAGCCAAAUCAAGCUAAGAAAGGGCUUGGUGCCAAAAAAGGUGGUUUGGGGGCCCAAAAAGUGAGCAGCCAAAGCUUUAGUGAGAUUGAAAAACAAGCACAAGCUGUAGAUAAAAUGAAGGAUCAAGAGAAUCCUCACAGCAGCAAGAAAACUGAGAAGGAAGAGCCACUUGUGUCAUCUUUAAGGUUGGCCUACAGAGAUCUUGAUAUUAAAGCAAGAGAAGAAAACUUAAAUUUCUCUGGUAAGAAGAAAGCUGAAUUGGAAAGGCUUGGCAUGGGAUUGGGCAGCAACAGAAGUGGCAUUUCUCACUCAGUCACCUCAGAUAUGCAAACAAUAGAGCAGGAGACACCUGUAAUUGCAAAGCCCAAGAAGAGGUACACUGAUGAUGUGGAAGACUCCUAUUUCUCUUCUAGUUCAAGGUACUAUGAUUCUUCAGAUUUGAGGAGCAGCACUUUCUCUAAAUGGGAUGACAACUCAGAUUCUUUUUGGAAGAAAGAAAACAGUAGAGACACUGAUAUAAUGCUAACUUCAAAAAGCACAGGAUUUUCAGACAGACCUGCAUCUCGGCGUAAACCUGAAUAUGAACCACCUUCAAACACAGAUGAGGCCCAAAAAAAAUUUGGCAAUGUAAAAGCAAUUUCAUCAGACAUGUAUUUUGGAAGGCAAGAUCAGGCUGAUUACGAAGCAAGGGCUCGACUAGAAAGGCUUUCUGGAAGCACAUGCAUAAGUUCAGCUGACUUGUUUGAAGAUCAGAAGAAACAACCAACAGGAAGCUACAAUAUUACAAGUGUCUUGCCUUCAGCUCCUGAUAUAGCUCAGUUUAAAGAAGGAGUGAAAUCAGUGGCUGGAAAACUUUCUGUACUUGCUAAUGGGGUUAUGACAUCUAUACAGGAUCGAUAUGGUUCAUAACCUAAAGAUUUCUCUUCAAACCCACAAGUGACCCCAUUGCUGAUUGAAAUGAAGGUGGCCUUAAGACUGAUGAUGUUUUAACUUGUUUCUUUGUGCAGCUUUCUGGCUCAACCUCUUCUACUGCUCUUUCAUCUUUACAGAGCAGAAAUUUUGCAGCAACUUGUUACAUUGCAUAAGUUUUUUAUUUUUUUCCCCUCCUUUACAGUCUUUGUUUCUUAACAACCUUAUUGUAGAUGUUGGAAGCUUUAUUUUAUUGCUGGUUUUGUCUGUGAGGCAGGAAAGGGGAAGAGGGAUGAACUCAAAUGCUGAGGUGGUAUCUAGUAGACUGUAGCAAAAUAUACACUUAGGUUAAACCUGUGCUUACCAGGAAGUAGAAGCUUCCAUCAUAAAUUGAUGUGCAUUAAAAUGGUGGGGAAUUAGUGUUUUAAAACAAUAUUCCAGCUAGAAAGUUGUAUGCUUGGAUAUGAAGUAUGGAGAAGUCAAAAUGUUACUGAAUAGUGGAUUUCAUCUUGUUAUGGGAACAAUCUAUUUAUUCCUAGUUUUGAAAGUUACAAAAAAAUUGCAAUAUAAGAUCCUUAAGUGCUUUUAAAAAAUCUGUAUUGUGUAUAAAAUUGAAAAAAAAAAACCCUUGAAAUAUAUAAAGGACCUAAUAGAGUAGUUAAUGAAAUACUUGUUAAAAAUGUUUAGAACAAUCUUAAAUUUUUGAUAAAUUAUCAGUUAUUGUAUGAGGAAAUAGUGGGGCUGUGUUUUAGACAGUCUAGAAUUUAUUGCUGAUGACAUCCUGCAUAAAACUUAUUAUUACCUUUAAAGAAAAAAACAUCACAACCAACAAUAAAUUCAAGGUAAUUCUGUUCUGUAAUUUUGUUUCUUAAUUCAAAUUUGUAAACUGCUGAUGUCUAAUAAAAACAAUUGAUAAAAAUUAAAUUAAAUUUCUAUGUAUGGACACCAGUCUCCAGCUUUCUAAGUACUGCCAUCUGUAUUUUGUCCGUACAAUUGGCUGGUAAAAUUAGCCUUUAAUUUCAGUUAGUGAAAGUAGCUUUCUUAUUAAAUUGUUAUAGUGAUUAAGAUAUCAAAACACUAAGGCUGGGGCAGAAAAUAAGCUACUGAACUGAAAAAUACUAUGUUGAAAUCCAGUUAAGAGUGUAGCUGUACUUAGGUUUUAAUUUCUAACUGCCUCAUAUUUAACUCUCAGUUCUGGUAAUUUUCUCUUGUACCUAUUGGGUUUAGAUUUAUUAAUUAAAUUUAUUAAUCAAAAAUUAUCUUUCUUUUUUAGAGCAGUAUGAGUAUUUGUUCUUCUUAACUGUAGAGCUUUACAAUAAAAGACUUGCUUUGUUA